CCCCUCCCCCCCCUCCCCCCCCCCCGCCGUGUGCCCGGCUGGCGCUGGGGCCGGAGCCGCCCGAGCGCGCCGGGGAGAGGCCGCGAGCGGGGCGCGGGGGGAGCCGUUAGCGCCGGCGAGGGGGCCGCCCAGCGCCCGCAGCCUUCCCCGGCGAGGCGCGAGCGCCGGCUGCCGCCGGGGCGGAGCGGGAGGGCAGGGCAGGGGAGAGGAGGGGGGGUCGGGGCCUCCCUGGUGAUUUUUCUCCCCACUCCCAGCCUUGCCCCCUUCCUGGACCUGCAGAGGGCGGUGUGUGGGCGCGCAUGGAGACCCCCGAGGACCGCGUCCCUCCGUGCUGGGGGGGGCCUGCGUCUGACUUGUGACUCGCAGCGUUCAGAGCGAAGACCUGAUAAAAGUGCACUUAACACACUAGGCUUUCAGAUUUCCCUGCCUACCUCAUAUUUUUGGAAAGAAGAUGACAAAUGGAGCUCCGCGAUUCUACAAACACCUAGAGAUCAUUGUGUUGUUAUAGGCUCUCCUGUCUGUGGCUCUGCUGAACCGAACUCAAAUAGAUUCAUAUGACAGUCUGGGAAGAGGAGGGGAUUUGAAUUUUGCAUUAACCAGUCAUUGGGUAAUAUGCAUAAAUAGCCCUUGAAUCUACAUCUUUCGUUCUGUGCAGGGUCUUGGUAGAUGCCUGUUCUUCCUCCAUCAUCUGACAGCAUUACAGCAGAACCUCCAACAGCAGUCAUACCUUAUCACCUUGCCAAACUAUGGAGCCCUGUACAUCAGAUGAAUUUUUUCAGGCUCUCAACCAUGCUGAACAAACUUUUAAAAAGAUGGAGAACUAUCUCAGACACAAACAACUGUGCGAUGUGGUAUUAGUUGCUGGUGAUCGUAGAAUACCAGCUCACAGAUUGGUUCUCUCCUCUGUUUCCGACUACUUUGCAGCAAUGUUUACUAAUGAUGUAAGGGAAGCAAGACAGGAAGAAAUCAAGAUGGAAGGUGUGGAGCCAAAUGCAUUGUGGGCUCUGGUUCAAUAUGCAUAUACAGGUCGUCUUGAAUUAAAAGAAGAUAACAUUGAGUGCCUGUUGUCUACAGCUUGCCUUCUUCAGCUCUCUCAGGUUGUAGAAGCGUGCUGUAAGUUCCUAAUGAAGCAGCUUCACCCAUCCAACUGCCUUGGAAUCCGAUCUUUUGCUGAUGCACAGGGUUGCACUGACUUGCACAAGGUGGCUCACAAUUACACUAUGGAAAAUUUCAUGGAAGUAAUUAGAAACCAAGAAUUUCUAUUAUUGCCAGCCACUGAAAUUGCAAAGCUUUUAGCAAGUGAUGAUAUGAAUAUUCCUAAUGAAGAAACUAUACUGAAUGCACUUCUUACAUGGGUUCGACAUGAUUUGGAACAGAGAAGGAAAGAUCUCAGUAAACUCCUGGCUUACAUUAGACUGCCUCUGCUUGCUCCACAGUUUCUGGCAGAUAUGGAAAAUAAUGCACUCUUUAGGGAUGACAUCGAAUGUCAAAAACUCAUUAUGGAAGCAAUGAAGUACCAUUUGUUGCCAGAGAGACGACCUAUGUUACAAAGUCCUCGCACCAAACCUAGAAAAUCUACAGUGGGAGUGUUGUUUGCAGUUGGAGGAAUGGAUGCAACAAAAGGAGCUACAAGCAUUGAAAAGUAUGAACUUCGUACCAACAUGUGGACCCCUGUUGCAAACAUGAAUGGACGCAGAUUACAGUUUGGAGUUGCAGUGUUAGAUGAUAAAUUGUAUGUUGUUGGUGGCAGAGAUGGACUGAAAACACUGAAUACUGUGGAGUGCUACAACCCUAGAACAAAAACUUGGAGUGUAAUGCCACCUAUGUCCACACAUCGUCAUGGUCUUGGAGUAGCUGUAUUGGAAGGUCCCAUGUAUGCUGUAGGAGGACAUGAUGGCUGGAGCUACCUGAACACAGUAGAAAGAUGGGAUCCACAAGCUCGUCAGUGGAACUUUGUAGCUAGCAUGUCAACUCCAAGGAGCACUGUUGGGGUAGCAAUAUUAAAUGGAAAACUUUAUGCCGUUGGUGGUCGAGAUGGAAGUUCUUGUCUUAAGUCAGUAGAAUGUUUUGAUCCUCAUACAAACAAAUGGACCCUCUGUGCUCAAAUGUCAAAAAGAAGAGGCGGUGUAGGUGUAACUACCUGGAAUGGGUUCUUGUAUUCAAUAGGUGGACAUGAUGCCCCGGCAUCAAACUUAACAUCCAGGCUCUCAGACUGUGUAGAAAGGUAUGAUCCAAAAACAGAUAUGUGGACUGCUGUGGCCUCUAUGAGCAUUAGCAGAGAUGCAGUGGGAGUAUGUCUUCUUGGUGACAAGUUGUAUGCUGUUGGAGGAUAUGAUGGGCAAACAUACCUUAAUACAGUGGAGUCCUAUGAUCCCCAGACCAAUGAGUGGACACAGGAAAUCUCACUUUUCUGCUGGGAAGCACGUUUCACUGGUCUGAGACUUCAGGUGUUAAGGACUGUGUGUGCAAUGUGCACAAAAUACGCAAAGAUUCAGAGAGAGUUUAGAUAUGCUUGUACGCUCCUACCAUGUGUUGCAGACCUUGCUGCUGUCUUGAUCCUGCAUGCCUAUACUUCAAGGAUUUGCUGCAUUCCCAGUGUAUUGCCAGUUGCACCAUUGUGCUUAGGAAGAGCUGGAGCAUGUGUUGUGACUGUAAAACUUUGAAUUAUUUUCUCUGUGAAGGUGACAUUCUCCUCUGUAGACUCAGCUGAUUUCUUUCUUACCUCAAGCAAACAAACAUUGCACCAAUAAACAUGAGAUGCAGGAAUCCACCACAGAGUGAAAUGUUUGGUCUUAGCUGGCAUAUACAUGUUGUUCUUAUAGACCAAUAUGGAGCACCUGUUUUAAAAAAAAAAAUCAUCUUUGUUACCCAUAUGUUACAAGAAUUCUAUUUGUAAGCAAAUCAGCUGUGACCAGCUAGUUGCCAGCAGAGGAGUUCUGUUUAGGAAAUACGAAGAAAAUGAGUGCACUCUGUUCUAAAAUAAUCGAGUGUUACAGGCUUAGGGCAUUGAUCCCUCAAACAUGCACAGGAGUGAUGCUAUUAAUGGAUAUAGUUCCACUGAUUUGGGUGAAACAAGUUACAGGAUUGGAACCCAUAUAUUUAUUUUGCCUUUAAUAAACAUGUUUUGCUGUAGGUAUCUGAGCUAUUGCAAUGCAGGCUGACAAACCAAUGCAAACCAUUGUAAAUGGCGAGUGUAAUGCUCACCCUGGAAAUGAAGGUGUGUAUCUGGUGACUCUUUUGCACUUUUUUAGCAUUCCUAGUUUAGUAAACUUUUUAUUUAACCAAAGCCUUAUUUUAAAUAUUGUCUUAUUACACUAACAGUAAUCUGCUGUUUAAUAACUUCUGCAGAAACUUUUUGGCAUCCAGUGUACUUUUUGUAUUUUUAAAGGUUUUACAUAAGAUGCAGAACAUCAUACCUUUUUCUCUACUUAAUCUGAUUCUUGUAUUUACUUUGUUAUUUUUAAGAAAGCAUAAGUUUUAAGUUGAAGGAAUUCUAAAGUGUGACCAGAAGUUGACCUAUGGAAGUUUAAUAGGAGCACUUUGGAAUUUUGUAAACAUUCCAUUACACCUACGCUAAGGGUCUACUUUGAUACUCUUUAAUUACAUUUUACAUGAGGCUUUGCACUAAUUUUAAAAGUAUAAUUUUAUAUGAUGAAAUGAAAUAAUUGUUACUUCAAAGUGUAAGGGGCCCAGUCCUACAAGGUGCUUAACUACCACCAUCGAAGCAUGUUCAGCAUCUUGUAGGAGAGUAAGUGUGCCUCACAGGAUUAAAUCAGAUUAGUUACGUUAUUUAACAGUUAUUUAAUUUUUUUCAGAUAGUUUAUAAUUUGCCUUUUUUGACUGCUAUGCUAUGUUACACAGAAUUGCUUGAACGUUCCAAAUGUUCUCCAAAAGUCUUUUUGUAUUUGCUUUUCUGUGCCUUGUUUCUGAUGUUUUCAAAACAGUAGGUAACACAGUAUGUUUCUUUGUAAUGGAGACUUUGAAGAUGUGAGCUCUCUGAGUGUUUUUGAAAAGUAAGUUUGAAGUGUCUGAUACCCAAAGCCUUUGUACAUUUGUAAUUUUAAAAUUUGUGUGUUUAUGCUCUCAGUGAACUAUUUAUUGUUUUAAAAGAAAUUACCGAGCAGUAAAACUUUGCGAUGAAAUCUGCACUGUUUGAAAUUGAAUACAGUUAAAUACAUUUUUGAUGGUUUA